AUGAGGGCAAUCAAGUCGCGCAACGCAGGGGGGCUGCGCUCUGCCAGAGACGUCGACGGCAACCGUAAUGCCGCCGCCACGGCGGUCCACGCAACGAAGGCGGCAGCAGCGGCUACGCUGACGGUGGCGGUGCAACAAGGUGAUGCCUCCGGCACGCAUAGUGAAAAAGGCGCGCCGGAUGACUCUAUGCUGGAGGUGCACGUCAGUGCUGCUGGCUCGGACGACAAGUACCCCGAAGACCCCCUCGCCGUCGCGCUCGCGCAGGACGCAUCACUGACGUUCACCGCCCGCGAUGACCCGAGAGUCAUUGCCCGGCUGCCACUUCGCUUCAAAGACAUGCUCCCUACUAUCUGUCACCAGCUUCAGUUCCGGCAGCGGCAGGCCACGCAUCAGACCUCUGUCGAUGCGGACAGCUACAGUACCAAGAGCAACCCGCUCUCGUCCCCUGCACCGCCGACGGCCGACGCAACCUCGUACGCACACCCGCCGUACCAGCACGCGCACUUGUCGGACAUGGUCAUGCGGCUGCUGCCCAUCGCGGUGGGCCAAGGGCGCAGCUGCAAGACAGCUAUGAUGCAUCCGAGUGACAACGAAGAAGACACCACCGCAGCACGCGGGCCGGGGAACGCCGAUAGGCAUUGCCAUCAACAGCAGCCUGCAGCGUCAGCAAAGGCGAGGGCGGACCAUGAGGCAGUGGAUGCUGUGCUAAACGCGCCAGCGCGGGUGCCUGUGCUGGAGGACCAGUUGUACCGCACAUGGGCGACGGAGCAGAUCCUAGACUACCUCUUCUCCUCCCCUACGUCGGCAGACGGCGCUGGCAGCGUUGGCCGCGACGAGGCACGGCGCAGCUUCACCGUCGCCGCGUGUCUGAGCGGCAUGCGCGAAGUUGCCGCCGACACGGUCGAGUACGUCGAGCUGCUGCGUCAGAUGGUCUCUCUGGCAGACUCGCGGUGUGGUGCUGACCCGAAUGAUGCCGCAGACGACGCGGACGUAGAUUUACCAGCGUACGUGCGCGAUGUGCUGGUGGGGGUAUUGCCGACGGAAAACGCACCUGCUGCUGCUGCUGCUUCUAACACGGUGUCCGCCGUGGAGCGGGUGCCGGUGGUGACAACGACGUUGCGCUCCACCUUGGAUGCAGUGCUGCCGCCGCGGCUCUUCGUCUACUACCUCAUCCACCAAGAGACGGCCGUGGCAGUGCAGCAGCAGCGCCAGGCCGCCCAGCAGCGCCAGGCGCGCCUUCGUUGUCACCUGGAGACGCACCCGGACGACUUGAGCGUGCUGGAAGAGAUCGAUACCCUUGGUGAGGCGCUCGCUAGCGAGUAUACAGAGGUGCCAGUCGGUGCUGUCUUGGUCAUCCUCGAGCGGACGAGCGAUGUGCAGGCGCCGCGCGAGUAUCUCGUGAAGCUGGAGCAGACGUUGGACGAGGUACUGGACAAGGUGCAGGCGCGAUGCUGCGGUCGUCCCCUACAGCUCACCAGCACAAGUACCCCCUCUCCGCCACGCCCCCGACAGCAGCAUACGGCAUCGGCCCCGGCCGCGUCCGGUGGGUCACCGUCGUUGCUCAGCCCUUCGCCCCGGCCUAACACGAGGCUCCAACAGAGGAACGCCAGCAGCAGCGUGAAGACGGCCUCCGCGAAGGGGCGAGAAGCACCCACAGCCGUGACCAUCCUCGCUACGCCAGACAAGUGGGUGUGCACACACACAGUGAAGCCACUGCCAGCGCAACCGGUAGCCACGUCGGUCAGCGGCGGCGGCUCGGCUACCGUCGCCGCUACGCUGAAUGUGCUGGAGCUGAACAAGGAGCGGACGCUGGUGCAGCUAAGCCUGCUCGGCGAGGAGCUCCUCCGACAGGUGACCGUUGAUCUUCCCGAGCGCGGCGUCCUGCUCCGACGCCUUCUCGACGAGGCGCAGCUCUCCAUCGACGCCCGCGCCAUCCUCGCCCGCGAACGCUGCAAGGCCACGCAAGAGUGUUUGCUGGACGGUCAAGACGCGCGAGAGGCGACGGCAGCGCAGUGCAAAGUCCUCGAGAGCGAGGUAGCGGAGCUACGGUCGCGGCUGGCGUACGUGACAGCACGCAAGGCAGCGCUGAGAGCGUGGGUGGAGGAGCAGAAGGCGCGGGAGCUGACGGUGAGUCGCGAGCGAGCGCACUUUGAACACAAUCUGCGAGAGCGGUUGUUAGCGCACACGGAGCGGGUGAAGGCGGCGCAGGAUGCCGAGCGUCGUAGCUCCUUGCCAGGGUGA